AUGAAAACAAUAGCCUCCAAUCCCCAUGCAAAGACUGCGCUCCUCCAUAUCGAUGUUUCUUCAACCAAGAACAACAAUUUCACUUCUGAUCAUCCAAUUCAAAUCCAGUUGCCCCUUCACAGACCACCCACACCUAUGAGAAUCAAACCGCCACCCAAGAAACCGAACCCGAAACCCGUUGCCACCACCUCCGACAUUCUACGCUUGAUGGACAGUCUCAAAUUGCCCAUACCACUAGACAUUUACACUUCGCUCAUCAAAGAAUGCACCAAAUUGCGCGACCCUUUGAAAGCCGUUGAGUUGCAUGAACAUGUGAGACGAAGUGGUCUUCGUAUGAAUUUACCUUUGCGUAACCGGCUUUUAUUGAUGUACGUAUCGAGUGGGCGCCUUGAUCACGCGCGCCAACUGUUUGAUCAAAUGUUUCAGAGGGAUUUUAAUUCGUGGGCUGUCAUGAUUGCUGGUUGUGUUGAAAAUGGGAAGUACAAUGAAGCCAUAGAUUUUUAUAUAGAAAUGCUACUGGAAGAAGAAUUUGAAGACGUUGGUAAUAAUCAGAUGGAACUUUUGGUUUCGGGUGUACUCGUGUGUGUUCUCAGAGCCUGUUUGUAUACAAGGGACUUUGAGCUUGGGAGGCAAGUGCACGGUUGGUUAUGGAAAAUGGGUUACUCGAGAAACGUUGUUUUGUGUAGUUUCUUGAUUAACUUUUAUGGGAAGCUGAAGUGUUUUGAUGGUGCUGAAAGUGUUUUCGAACAGGUUCGUUCUCCAAAUACAGUUGUGUGGACGUCUAGGAUCGUGAACUGUUCAAGCGACGGUAACUUUGAGGGAGUGGUUAGUGUCUUUAAGGAGAUGGGAAGGGAGGGCGUGACGAAGAACGGCUAUACGUUUUCAACUGUUCUUAAGGCUUGCAGGAUGAUGGGGGAUAUAGAGUGUGGGCGACAAGUUCAUGCAAAUUUGAUGAAAUUAGGGCUUGAAUCAGAUGGUUUCGUGCAGUGUGCAUUGGUCGACUUGUAUGGAAAAUGUGGUUGUCUGAAUGACGCUACUAGGAUGUUUGAGAUUGGUAAAAAUAAGAGGAAUGGUGCCUGUUGCAAUGCAAUGCUUACAAAUUAUACGCAACAUGGACUCUACAUUGAGGCAAUUAAACUUCUUUAUGAAAUGAAGAUGGCUGGCUUCAAGACCUGUGAAUCAUUAUUAAUGAAGUGA